UAGUCGAAACAACGUGUACCGCUUUUGUUCUUAUGAAAAUAAAUUAUAUUAAAAAGUUAGAGUAGGAUAUUGUGUACUUAGUAGUACUCUGCUACUUUGGGCUUGUAAAAUAGUUUAUACUUGGAUUUUGGUUCGUCAUUUUCUUGUAGACACAGCAAACCGAAUAGAAUCAAAUAAGAUGGAUUACAUUUAUAUAGUACAUUGCUUUGUUAUAUUUUUGCCAAUCACUUUUACGGUAUUACUACAGCACCUUACAACAUCAGAGUCACCCUUAACAUUUCUUCAACCAAUAAGACAUGAAGCUCGUUUUAACUAUUUUAAUUUGACAGUUAACAAAAUGUAUGGACACUCGAUAGCAAAUGAGAUUGUAGAAUAUUCUAGUACACAAUAUCUCAACUUCCAUUAUAUUUUGAAAAAAAAAGCAAUAGUGGAUCAUGUAAUAUUCGAAGCUAUAGAAUGCAAAGAAUAUUAUAUUGAUUGUGUAAACGUUAGAACGUUUGAAUUAACAAACAUGUGUAACAACAUGAAAACACUGACAAUGUUCGUAAAAUUUAGAUACCAGAAACAAGAAGCAAAAUGUCCACUUGAGGGUGAAUACGUUUAUAUAAAUACUUCACUCGACUUCGGAAAAAUAGCACCAAUAUUUGUAUCGUCAAUAAACAACUUGUGGGAACGCACCUUAAAAAUGUCUGCCCAUCUUUACGAUCCCAACAAUGAGCUUAUCCUUGGGUGUACUUUACAUAAUUACUUUUUAAGCUUUAGAAAUAAAAAACGUAUUGGAAACAAAAACAUUAAUUAUAAACUAAACUGAUGUGCUCAACAUUAUUAUACAUAGACACAUAGUAAUUAUAAUA